UUAAAAGAGAACAAAUGGUUCUUUAAAAACCUUUACCUUAUAGCACCCUAGAAAUUUGUUUCGUUUUAGAACUUAGUUUUAAGGACGUAUAGCCUACUAUACCAUGUGGACUAUGACCUUUCUGUAACAGGUUCAACUGAAAGGGGCGGAAAAAGAAACCCAUCCCCUGCUGUACCUCCUUCUUCUUCGAUGUGUCAGUUCUUUGUUGGUAUGUGAAGAUCAUUAAAAACCAAAAAGAGGAUCUAAGAGGACACGUCCUAUUCAGUACGUUUGGAAAAUGACCGUAAACUUGACUAACAACACAUGUAAUCAAAUCGAAUGGGAGCAGCGAUUUCUGAUAUCGACUAUCGUGUACGCACUGGUGCUGGCCGUGGGUCUGCCACUCAACACGGUGUCACUGUGGGUCCUGUUGCGCAGACACGGGCUCCGGUCAUCGAGCGCCGUGCUCAUGAUCAAUCUCGCCGCGUCCGACAUGCUGCUCGCGCUCUCUCUGCCGCUUCGCGUCUACUUUUACGCAACGCUCCGGUGGCCUUUUGGAACCGCUAUGUGCACCGCUGCCGUCAUGCUGUUUCGGAUCAACAUCAGGACCAGUUGUAUUUUCAUCACUUUAAUCAGUUUGGACCGGCUUUCGGCCCUGGUCUUUCCUCUGCGCUCGCGGUCUCUGCGCACCUCCGGGUUCGCAUCCAAGUGCUGCUGUCUGGUCUGGAUCUUAAUUAUCCUUCUGUGCAUCCAGGAGAGUGUAAAUUACACCCGCGCACUGAACAACUCACCAUGUGGCUCUAAUAUUUUUUGUUUUGAGGUGCAAGUUGAGGGCGUAAGAACCGUUGCGCUCGGUCAGGCAACAUUUUUUUUAAUACUCCUGCUGAUCAACAUCGUAUCCACGGUCAUGGUCAUAUGCGCACUGAGGAAACGUCCCAGUGUGGACGCGGCAAAGGUGAAUAAUAAAAUGAGCGUGAUACUUAUUUUUUUUGUUAACAUGAUGGUGUUUAUUGUGUUUAUCUUGCCAUUCUCCUUACAACUCAUGAUGGUCACCAUUAAAAACGAGGAAAAGGAACAUAGAGGAGGCAGCGACAGUUUACGCGCACUAAUCUGCCUGGCGAGUGUCAACUGCUGUUUGGAUCCGCUUAUUUAUUACUUCUCUCUGGACUCGUUUUGGCAGGACAAAAGCAAAAGUCAAGGGGAUGCGACGACGCAUUCUCUUAGUAGGUCAAUGGAGAGGUCAUGAAACUUCUAAAAGGGAUGUGGACACAGUGGUGGUUAGAUAGGAUAACAUAUUUUUUUUGUACGUGAAAUCCAGGCUAAAGUCUCAAAAUCUAUUAAUUGAGAUUAAUUUUUACUUUAAUUUCAAUAUUUGACAUGGCUUAUUUAAGAUCUAUAUUUUCACUGAAUGUAUAUAUGUAUAUAUUAUAGGAUGAUACUGAAAAUGACUUUUCACAGAUUUAAUAACGCAUAGGAGAGACUAGGGGAAAGUUAUUACGGUUUAUACAUUUGACACUGUAAUCCAAGUUUAACAAAGUCCUAAUUUUGGGAUAAAAGUGUCUGGUAAAUGCGUAAAUGUAAAUGAAAGUGUUUAAAACCAACAUACAAAACACUAUUAAAAAUAAUAAAUUAUGAGACGUUUAAACCUCUCAGUUACUGAAAUACAGAGCUUGUAUUUCCAGUCUCUCAUAUUAAUGUUUAUUUGUAUCACAGUUUGUGAGAAAAAUGUUAUGAUGUUUUAUAAUUUAUUACAGUAUACGCUAAAAAAUAUUGAACCCAGGGCUGGGUAACUAGGACAGAACACACUUAAAUGACCCAAAUAAUGGGUUGUUUUUAACCCAACUGCUGGGUUAUUGUAAAUCAACCAUGUUGAAACAACCCAGCAGUUGGGUUAAAACCACACAUUGUUUGGGUCAUUUUAAUGCAGAAAUGUGUUCUGUCCUAUAGUUACCCAGCCCUGGGUUAAAAACAACCCAAUAUUUUUUAGAGAUAUAGCAAACAUGCAUUGCAGAUAUCUAUUAACUCAUUCACCGCCAGCCUUUUUGAGAAAAGUUGCCCACCUGCAUUUUUGUGAUUUUAACAAAAGUUUCACAAAAUUCCUUGCAGGAAAAAUUAUCUUCUAUAAAUAUAUAAACAUACAAAUUAUAUCAAAUUAAAGAACAAACAACAAACAAACAAACAAACAAAAUGGGGAAAAAACGUUUCAUUAUAUAUUUACUUUUUCCACUUAAUUUGACCACUGAAAUAUGGAUAUUUCUCUUCAAAAAUACAACAUUUUGAGCAAAAAGCUUAAAAAAAUGAGUUUUUGUAAAGGAAUUUAUGUUAGAGAUCAGACUCAGAAUGACUAUCAAACAUAAAGGCAGUUCAAAUAAAUCAUCAAAUCUUUUUAACUUCCGUUUUUGAUAAAUUGGCGGUUUGGCGCCAUCUAGUUACACUUUCACUUUGAAAUUCGUCCAGAAAGGCAUAUUUAUUAGUUAAAUAUUAACUCAUAAUUGACGAGAUAACUCGUCAAUGGCGGUGAAUGAGUUAAAUGUGUACAUACGUCUGAAAGAUGAAAGUUUUCCUUUAUAAUAUUUUUGUCAGAUCUUUCAGAUAAUUUUGAGAUAUGUAUAAAAUGUGGGGUAAAUGUAAAUGUGGUGGACUAGAAGUCAUACUGUAUGACACCACGGGAGCUUUUUUUAAACUUCCUGUGAAACAACCCAUUCUCACCACAGAACAGAUCAUUUUCCAUCAUCCAUUUACACUAAAGUGUGUAAAUUAUUGAAAAAGUAAACAUUUAACAUUUAAUGAUUUACACAUACACAUACUGUAGAAGGUUUACAUGCUCUGUUUUGGGGCAGAAAGAAAUCUAAAUAUUUAAUUCCUCUUAACUUGAGAGGAACUGAAACUUGUGCAUAUAUAUAUUUUUUAUUUUUAGCUGUGAAAGCAGCAAAAAACGUAUAACUCGACAUAAAUGAAUGUGUGUUUAACAAAUGUUGUUUAAAUAACCUAUUUAUAUUUAAUUCUGACUAUCAGACAGCAGCUUGUAUUGGUAUUUAGCUGAAAAAAAUGUAAGCUAAAAUAUGACGUGUGAAAGAUUUGUGUUUAAAUGCUUGUGAGAAACAAAACAUGUUUACAGUAUGUUACUCUGGAGUUAUAUUCGUGUAUACGCUCUUAAAAUAACGCUGCUUAAAGUGUUCUUCACAGUGAUGCCAUAAGAAUCAUUGUGUAUAUAUAUUUUAUCUACCUUACAUCUUAUUUAGUUUUUCUUUUCAUUGUCUCCUUUGGCUUGCUUACUACAGAAUCUGUAUGGACCUUUUCUUUGCAAAGCUGCUUUGGAAUCAAUAUUAAAGAAGUAUUAUGCAAAGCGUUAUACAAAUAAAUAGCAUUUAAACUGAUCAAUCACUGAAUUUAUUAUACAUUCAUGCUAUCACAGAGGUCUUUGACCUUUAUCAGGCCAAGGACCCCUUAAAGGCGGGGUGCAUGAUUUUUGAAAAAAACUUUGGAAAAGGGAGUCGGGCCGAGUACCAAUACACACUUGUAGCCAAUCAGCAGUAAAGGGCGUGUCUACUAACCGACAUUGUUUCCUAGGUUGCGUAUGUAUGGGGCGGGUCUAUUGAAAGAAGGUCCAGAUUCUGUUAGGGUAGGGGCGUGUUUGAUAACGUGAUUUCAAAUGUCAACAUUGGCUUUCAGAGAUCAUGCACCCCGCCUUUAAUGGAUAAAAAGGGAGACUAGGGACCCCAGGUACUGUACAUGUAUCAAAUUAAGACUGGAUCCAUAAACUAUGUUGUGAUGUUUCCGUUACAAAGAUAUUUAAAUAAAAAUUUUUGAUAUACACAUUCUGUUAACAUACAUAAUUUACACCUUAAAGUUUUUUAGCAUUUAAUAAAAUUUUAAUGCAUUUGUUGCUUAAUUUCAUUUUUUUGAAUUCAAACAAUGUUUGGAGGACCACUAGUAAUACCACCAGGGACACCUAAAAAGCCCCGGACCCCCGUUGAAGACCCAUGUGAUAUCGUAUAUAGAUCGUAAUUCCAGCGGAUUCAUCAUGGUCCAUUUUACAGUACUGUAUAUACAAAAUUGUUUGCCUUACAGCAUUACCACCAACCUCAUGAAGAACCUAUGGUGUUUGUGAGAAAAUGUUUAGAUCAUCAUUUCUAAACAUGAUUUAGGAGUUAAGAAUUUGUACUGUAAACUGUUUAGAUAUUGUGAACUCGCACAUUUUUGUUUGUGAUGCAAUGCCGUUGCAAAUAACAGGAAGAUUGUCAUUUGUGGAAGUGAUGUGGUAUAUUAACGUGCAAUAAUCAUUACAUGCCAGAAGAGUGAAACAAUUCUGUUUCUCG